AUGAGGCAGUGUGCCAGUCUGUGUCUCGAUGAGGCAGUGUGCCAGCCUGUGUCUCAUGGUGUGCCAGCCUGUGUCUCGAUGGGGCAGUGUGCCAGGUGUCUCGUGUGCCAGCCUGUGUCUCGAUGGGGCAGUGUGCCAGCCUGUGUCUCGAUGGGGCAGUGUGCCAGCCUGUGUCUCGAUGGGGCAGUGUGCCAGCCUGUGUCUCGAUGGGGCAGUGUGCCAGUGUGUCUCGAUGGGGCAGUGUGCCAGCCUGUGUCUCGAUGGGGCAGUGUGCCAGACUGUGUCUCGAUGGGGCAGUGUGCCAGUGUGUCUCGAUGGGGCAGUGUGCCAGCCUGUGUCUCGAUGGGGCAGUGUGCCAGCCUGUGUCUCGAUGGGGCAGUGUGCCAGUGUGCCAGCCUGUGUCUCGAUGGGGCAGUGUGCCAGCCUGUGUCUCGAUGGGGCAGUGUGCCAGCCUGUGUCUCGAUGGGGCAGUGUGCCAGACUGUGUCUCGAUGGGGCAGUGUGCCAGACUGUGUCUCGAUGGGGCAGUGUGCCAGCCUGUGUCUCGAUGGGGCAGUGUGCCAGCCUGUGUCUCGAUGGGGCAGUGUGCCAGCCUGUGUCUCGAUGGGGCAGUGUGCCAGCCUGUGUCUCGAUGGGGCAGUGUGCCAGACUGUGUCUCGAUGGGGCAGUGUGCCAGCCUGUGUCUCGAUGGGGCAGUGUGCCAGCCUGUGUCUCGAUGGGGCAGUGUGCCAGCCUGUGUCUCGAUGGGGCAGUGUGCCAGCCUGUGUCUCGAUGGGGCAGUGUGCCAGCCUGUGUCUCGAUGGGGCAGUGUGCCAGCCUGUGUCUCGAUGGGGCAGUGUGCCAGCCUGUGUCUCGAUGGGGCAGUGUGCCAGCCUGUGUCUCGAUGGGGCAGUGUGCCAGCCUGUGUCUCGAUGGGGCAGUGUGCCAGCCUGUGUCUCGAUGGGGCAGUGUGCCAGCCUGUGUCUCGAUCGGGCAGUGUGCCAGCGUGUGCUGUGUCUCGAUGGGGCAGGUGCAGUGUGCUCAUGAGUGUGCCAGCCUGUGUCUCGAUCGGGCAGUGUGCCAGCAGCACAGGUCUCUAUGGAAUGUUAAGCUACCAGGAUCUUAA